UUUGAAUUGCCCACUAGUUUCCUCUAGCCAGUCCCGCUGGUUUUGUUGAUUUCGGCUUGAGCCGUCAACUCUGAUCGAGUCUGAUUGAACUCUAGAUUGAACUGAAAAGCAAGGAGGUUUUUUGGCUUCUUGCUUGCUUUUCCGGCUGGGAGGGAUUAUACCCAUUCUACCCGCCUCUUCACGGGAUUGCAAGCCUAACUAAUUAAAGGCAUCCGGGAUGAAUCCGGCCUCCCUCAACAACGGCGGUCUCAUGGGUGGACCCGGCGGCAGUGGCGGGGGUAGUGCUAACCAUCCCACCCUGCCCAUGGCCGUGUCUUCGGGUUCUAACCCGGGCGGACCGCCCCAACCGCCCCCACCCGUGGGCACCGGCGGCGGCAUCAUCGGUGGAGGCUCGAGCGCCGCCUCGACCGGGGGCGGGGCCAAACGGAAGGAGAUCUACAAGUACGUGGCCCCGUGGACGGUGUACUCCAUGAACUGGAGCAUCCGUCCGGACAAGCGGUUUCGAUUGGCCAUCGGGUCCUUCGUGGAAGAGUACAACAACAAAGUCCAGAUCGUGUCCUUGGACGAGGACACCUCCGAGUUCUCGGCCAAGAGCACCUUUGACCACCCCUAUCCCACCACCAAGAUCAUGUGGAUUCCCGACACCAAAGGCAUCUAUCCGGACUUGUUGGCCACCUCCGGCGAUUACUUGCGCGUGUGGCGGGCCGGCGAGCCGGACACGCGCCUCGAGUGUUUGCUCAACAACAACAAGAACUCGGACUUUUGCGCGCCGCUCACCUCCUUCGACUGGAACGAGGUGGAUCCCAAUCUGUUGGGCACGUCCUCCAUCGAUACCACGUGCACCAUUUGGGGUCUGGAAACCGGGCAAGUCAUGGGACGGGUCAACAUGGUUUCCGGGCAUGUCAAGACUCAGUUGAUCGCCCAUGACAAGGAGGUGUACGAUAUUGCGUUUUCCAAAGCCGGCGGUGGGCGUGACAUGUUCGCCUCGGUCGGGGCCGAUGGGAGUGUGCGCAUGUUUGAUCUCCGCCACUUGGAGCACUCGACCAUCAUCUACGAAGAUCCAGCCCACACGCCAUUGUUGCGCUUGGCCUGGAACAAGCAAGACCCGAACUAUCUGGCCACGGUGGCCAUGGACGCGUCGGAUGUGAUCAUAUUGGAUGUGCGCGUGCCCUGCACGCCCGUGGCCCGAUUGAACAAUCACCGAGCAUGUGUUAACGGGAUUGCUUGGGCGCCGCACUCCUCUUGUCAUAUUUGCACGGCCGGUGAUGAUCAUCAAGCACUCAUUUGGGAUAUCCAGCAAAUGCCACGUCCCAUCGAUGAUCCCAUCCUGGCGUAUACGGCCGCUGAGGGUGAAAUUAACCAGAUCCAAUGGGGAGCCACUCAACCCGAUUGGAUCGCAAUUUGUUACAACAAGAAUCUGGAAAUAUUGCGCGUGUAAAGUCUGAACGGUAAACUGUCCGCUGCUUUUUGUGUUGACCCAUUCGAGCACCGCGUCACUCGAAAAUUAUCUCUCUUCUUUCACUAGUUUUGUGAAAACAAAUUUAAAAAAAAACAACAAGGAUAUUUUGUGUAUUUUAGAAAUACACGUCACCUUUUUUUACAAAGGCAAUUCCACCCA